AUGCAUUUACUCAGCUUACAGCUAAGCACUCCAGAGCAUAUACAGGUUGCCCGAUGAUGGCACAUUGAGUGCCAUCAUCGGGCAUUUAUUAUAUGUAGAGAUGAUAACUUUUUUAUAGCAAAAUACGAUAUAAAUAUUCACAUGUCUAUGCUCACAGAGACUUGACAGAGAGCAUUUACACUACCCAAAACGAAACGCCCUCAGCUUAAGUUUGAAGAGUAA